AUGACUGGUUUGAAAUAUGUCCGAUUUCGAGAUUGUGUACGAAUUGACCAGGGUAAAAUGACUGAAUUAUUGAAUACAAUUUUGCUCUCACUCUCAUCAACUCAAUCGUCGACUUCUGAACCGAGUUCAUCAGUUCAUCAACAGCAGGUUCCAUUACCUACUGUUCUUACCAUGCCAGUACCCGAUGUGAUUUCAGCACAACCUAAAACUAUUGGUUCUCCUCCUCGCCCUUUCAAAGAAUGGCGAUCUUCAGGUGAAGACAUUCCUGUUUGGUUUGCAUAUAAUCAUUUAUCGACACAACUUCGUGAUUUAUUUGCUUUUCAAACAGGUGAAGAAAUGCUUUUAUAUGCUCAAUUGUUGUUGAAAGAUUAUGAUAAGCACAUGAAUAUUUAUUCAAAAGUUUUUUCUCAAAAAUAUCAAGGAAAUGAAUUGUCUCCACAUGAAUUCAAUCGAUUUGCAUUGGUCUUAAAACAUUUAUUGGAAGAGAAUCAUGCGUUGAUAUCUGCCAACGAAGAAAAACCGGCCGAAGUUAUUAGUGAUUUGUUAUCAUCAUCUAUCACGCCUGAAACAGCGCGAAAGUUGCCUGAAGUGAUGCUGUCGAAGUUCACCUGUUCGGAACGAAUAUUGCUACCUGAUAAGCAGUACCCGGCAAACCUAAAAUUGAAAGAGCGUAUUCGUGUUUCAGCUGAAUUCUCAUUUGCUGAAUUUCGCCACAGUCAAUUAAAUGAUGAAGAUAUGUGUUUGAUUGCUGAUGAAUUGAGAAGAAAUGUCCACUGGAAGAGUUUGAACGUGGCAGAGAACCGUAUUGGCGAUGUUGGUGCUAGUCAUUUGGCUCGCGCAUUGCAGAAUAAUACCAUUUUGACAGAUUUGGUGCUGGACUACAACAAUAUUUCAGACAUAGGCGUUCACGUAUUAGCUUCAGUGCUCCCAAUGAACAAUAUCUUAUGGUCUCUUAGUUUAUCAAGCAAUCAGAUUACUGCCUCGGGAAUGAUGGUACUGGCUGAUGCCUCGAAGGCUAAGGUUUCAUUAAGGAAUGUGUCACUUCAAAAUAACAAAAUUACCGAUAGAAGCAUCGAUGCCAUUGGCCAUCUUCUCACGGAUAAAAAAACCCUCUUUGUCAUAAAUAUAACCCGUAAUGGCUUUUCUGAUGUUCAAAAGAUACAAGAUAUUGCAAAGAAAAGCAAUGUUCGGAUUUUUCUCUAA